AUAAAAUCCAGAAAAAAUGAAACGAAUACUUUCAUGACUAAUAGUAGAAUAGUUCGAAUUUAAAGAUUAAUAAAUGUAAUAAAUGAGGAAGAUAACGCAACUUUUGUUCGAAUCUGACCGAUCGAAGUAGUCAACUUUGUACGUAGUUCACGACGUUACGUUCCUUUAAAAUCAAAGUGUCAUUCCGAAAUUAGAAAAAUGUCCUUUUCUAUCUGAUUGGUUAGGAAACUAAUCUUUUCAAAGGUUCUUUGUGGUUGAUAAAAUUAAUCUUCAGAAAUGGGUAAUGUACAUGCGUUUUCUGCAGCACCGCCGCCACCUAACCCUGGGAUGCCAUUCACUAAAGAUGUAGAGGAAAAGAGUGAAACAGAAAAAAUCGAAAAUCCAGGUCCUCUGGAUGAAAUUCAUAAUAAAUGUAAAAAUAUAUUUCCUACAUGUUUCGAAGGAGCUAGAGUAAUGCUCACUAGAGGCUUAAGCAACCACUUUCAGAUAUCUCAUACAAUUAAUAUGAGUUCAGUUACCCCAAGUGGUUACAGAUUUGGAGCAACAUAUGUAGGUACUAAGCAAUUAUCGCCUUCAGAAGCUUAUCCAAUUUUAUUAGGAGAUAUUGAUCCUUCGGGAAAUUUGAACGCAACCAUAAUUCAUCAGAUUUGUAAUAAUGUUCAAGCUAAAUUUGGAGCCCAGGUCCAAAAUUCCAAGUUUACAGUUGGACAGUUAACUAUGAAUUACAAAGGUUCUGACUACACUGCCAGUUGUACUGUGGCUAACCCAAAUAUAAUUAAUAACUCUGGAGUUGUUGUAUUACAUUAUCUUCAGUCGGUAACUCCUCGUUUAGCAUUGGGAACAGAACUUGCCUAUCAAAAGGGAGCAGGAGUACCUGGUGGACAGAUUGCUUUAUUGAGUGCAGCAGCAAAAUAUUCUACUGAUUUAUAUCAAGUUUCUGGUACUUUGGGAGUAUCAGGCGUUCAUUUAUGCUACUAUCAAAAAGCAAGUAAACAAUUACAAAUCGGAGUAGAAUUGGAAGCCAAUCAUAGAAUGCAGGAAUCAGUGGCUUCUAUUGGGUAUCAAGUUGAUUUACCAAAGAGUGAACUUGUGUUCAAAGGUCAUAUUGACUCUAAUUGGUCUGUAGGAGCUGUAUUAGAGAAGAAGCUAGUACCAUUACCUUUUACUUUAGCAUUGAGCGGUCUUUUAAAUCAUCAAAAAAAUCAAUUCCGAUUAGGAAUUGGCAUAUUAAUAGGAUGAUUUUUCCAAUAAAUUGCAAUGACUUAUAAAAUUGAUUGUGCAUUUCUACAUUCAAUUUGAUUUCAAUUGAUAAUAUUUUCAGAUGUAAAUGGAUGCAAUUAUAGAAAAUCAAAUUUU